AUGUGGGGUCAAACUCAAUCACAUGCACAAGUUACCUUAACUGCCUACCAAAGAAAAGCAAUCUACAAGACUCUUUAUUUUAUGAUAGAGGAGUUGGAGCAAUGCAUUGACAAAUGUUACUCUAAUUGGCACAACAAGAAACAAAUCCGUGAUGAUAAUAGACCACUCAUUGACAGCCUAGAAGAAGCCACAGAAUCAUUUUCUGCCGCACUGUUUGGAUUCAACAAGGCAUUGACUAAUAGACCUUCUCAUCUACUUCCAGAACUGCAAAACGAAUUUUAUAGAUGGUUUGAUGGCACAGGAGUCAACGCUAGCAACUACUUUAGAAACCUAUCUAAUGUCUUGUUUAAUACCUACGAAGUAUUAAUUGGUCAGGGAAUAGUUUUGCCCAAGAAACAUUUAAUAGAGGUGAUGCAAACUUUAAUAGAAUGA